UGACCAGCUGCCCUGGACUUGGCCGACAGCCCUGUUCUCCAUCCCAGCCACCCACCAUUCUGGCUGCCUAGGAAGAUGUUUCCUUUCAAGGUGAGCAAGUGGAUGGGACUGGCCUGCCUCCGGUCGCUGGUAGUCUCCUCGCCCAACAUCCGCCAAAAGAAGCUAAUCCACAAGCUCCAAGAGGAAAAGGCGUUUCGGGAAGAGAUGAGAAUUUUCCGUGAGAAAAUAGAAGACUUCAGGGAAGAGAUGUGGAAUUUCCGGGGCAAGAUCCGUGCUUUCCGGGGCCAGAUCUUAGGUUUUGGGGAAGAGGAGAGACCUUUCUGGGAAGAGGAGAAAACUUUCUGGAAAGAGGAAAAAACCUUCUGGGAAAUGGAGAAAUUUUUCCGGGAAGAAGAGAAAAGCUUUUGGAAGAAAUACCGUACCUUCUGGAAGGAAGAUAAGGCCUUCUGGAAAGAGGACAACGCCUUAUGGGAAAGAGACCGGAACCUUCUUCAGGAGGACAAAGCCCUGUGGGAGGAAGAAAAGGCCCUGUGGGUGGAGGAAAGAGCCCUCCUAGAGGAGGAGAAGGCCCUGUGGGAAGAUAAGAAGUCCCUUUGGGAGGAAGAGAAUGCUCUCUGGGAGGAAGAGAAAGCUUUCUGGGUGGAAGGCGGCCACAUUCCCAGGGAGCUGGUGCCUGCGGACGGGCCCUACAACGCCAAUGGAGGGCCGCAAUCCCCAGCCUUCCCCAGAGGCCGCGCCUAGUGAGCCCAGGAAAUGCAGGGCCACGGGAUCCAGACUCCCCUGGACUGGGAUUCAAGUCCAGGGUAAUCCCAUGUGCUAGA